ACUUUCUUAUAUUAAUGAACACAAUAACUGGUAAAGAGAAAAAAGGCAAAGAAUUGCCUUAUCGUGACGAUAUCUCAAAAACAAAACUAAAGUAGAAUUGGAAUUAUUUCAUCGCAUUUUUGUUAAUUACACCAAGCAAAGCGUAAAAGUCGAGCGUUAAAAGUUAAGCGUUAAGAGCGCAGCGUAACGCAGGCAGGGCCACUCACGGUUUGUCUCGAAAACGCGGAUAGCUAAGUGCAAAUAUUGAUAUUAGCAUAUAAAGAGCGGAACUAAUGAUUAAAUAGCGGAGUUGCAGGCGGUUAGCGGUCUGGGAAGUAUCAUAGGGGCAGCUAGUAGUGUCGCACGGCACUACGACUUUUCAAACAAAUCAAGUAAACACAAGUUAACGUCAAAUAGAAAACUGAAUACUGAUACUGAAAUACUGAAAUACUGAAUAAAAUUCAAUUUGAAUAAUAAAAACAAUAAUAUUUGCAAUAACAAAAACGAUUUCAAACAAGUAACGAGUAAACAACAACAAGUUACAUAUAAAAAAAAAUAGCUGCCAACUAAAAAUAUUUACUUGCAAGCGGUAAGCGGUAAGCAUUAAGCAGUUUAUAUUAAGCACCAAGCGGUAAGCGGCUACCGCGCUAAUCACAGACGAAACUAAAACUAAACUCUGAAGUCAUUCGCAUCAACUGUCGCAGACGAAGUGACAAGCAACAAAAACAAACAAAAAAAAAAAUAAUAAUAAUAAUAAUAAAAAUAUUAAUAAAAAAUUAAAUUGAAACAAAAACACAAGAUUGUAUAGUGAAGAGCAGAUUUGUCAGUUGGCGUAGAUUUCUAGAUUUCUAGAUUUCGUGGUCAACGCAGUGGAGCAAAGAUACUAUUCAAUAACUAUUCAAACAAAAAAAAAAAAAAAAUAAAAAAUUUCUAUAAAAAAUUUAAUUCUCAUAAAAAAAUAACUAAAGUAAAUAAAAAAUAAUAAUUAAUUCACGCUAACAGCGAGCAAUAAAAUUAUUAACUGAACAUUCAACGGCCGCCCAAAAUUAGCAGCUGAUAAAGUUAAAUAUUGUUAGUACUUAAUCUGCUACUCAAUCAGGCGGUGAGGCAGUAAGCCAGUAAGGCAGUCAGACGUCUACAACUAGUUAAGCGCUUCCAUGCGUUCUUCUAUUUGAACGAGCAUUAACCGACAUUCAUACAGCGACUAUACAGCAGCGACUACAACAACUAAUAAGCAGCGCAUCUUCACUGGAAUUGGUAACGUCGCAUACGCAUUCAUAUUUUCACCCGCAAUCGCGCAACUACUUCGCCCGUUCUACUCUUUGCUAGCAGUUCUCGGCUAGAAGUUAGCAUAAGCGUAAUCGUUUGGUAAAUAUUUGGUAGCGCCAACAAAAUGUGCCGCUGUUGUCAAAAUUGCUGGGAAGAUUUCUAUUGGAAUUGCAUAGAGGAACGGUUCUGUUAUGAUGAGUCAAUUGCCAAUUAUAACCCCGAAGAAGAUGAGGAUUACAUUGCGUCGCAGAAGAACGGUGGCGUGAUCGCGCACAUAGAAGCGGCCGACAAUAACAAUUUGACAGUACCACCUAUUUGCGAUCAACCGCUCCGACGUGGUAAUUCGGCGUUUUUAAGUGAUAAAAUACAUGAAGAAGAUUUUCGCCGCGAAACACAGACCAAUGUUCCCAUGUUAGGUCCAGAAACGCUUGCAGUAUUCGCAAAUUCGCAAAUAUUUCAGGAUCAUCCACAGGCCAAAAUCAAUCGCAGCAGCACGAAAAGCUUCUUGGUCGGCGUACACUCGCCAAAAGAACGACCUUCGACUCCAAAGGAAACUGAUCAGGAACGUUUAUUGAGGCGUCUGGAAGCUAAUCUUCAUAACGAUGUCCCUGAUGCAACAAAAACGGUCACACCUAUUUCUGCCGCUUCACAUGAAACAACAGCAGAGAAACGUAUUACAUUCACACUUACCACCGAUUCAUCACCAGAGGGCAGUCAAAUACUUACGCCGAAAAAGUUUGCUGCCAUCGCCGAAGAAGAGACCGAAACAGAUAUCAUAAAAUCAGAAGAACCACCAGUAAAGAAUGCAGUCGUGCAACGUGCUAAUGCUUCCAGUGACAACGAUACCGAUGAAGUAAUAUUACGUCCUCGCUUCUUUGAUCGCCACCAACACUUAAUGCCAUAUGGUGGUGGUAACGCGACACCGAAACGCACGCUACGUAGCGCUAAAAGCGUACCACAUUUCAAUGUACGCGCAGCUGCAAGCGAAACCGAUAUUUUCUCUAUCACCGGUUCGGUUGGUCAGAUCAGUAUGACACCUGAAGUGCCAUCUAUUUCAUAUUCCAAUCUACCGAAGAACUAUGAGGACACACCUACCAUAGAAGAGUAUCGCGUCUCACAAAGUUUGUAUUCCAUACAAGCAACAAAUGCAGCACGUGCCACACAGGAUGAUUACUCCAUGCCACGUUAUUUCCGUCGCUCUGCUAUGUUAGCGCAAAGCACUGAAAUAUUAUCUGCUUCUUCGCUGGCCUCAGUCAAUUCAUCAAAGGAAGAAAUGCGUCGUCCGGAAAAGGAGAAGAGCAAGCGUUUGAAAAUGCUACGCGGCAAUUUACCGCCACUAUUGAUACAUUCGGUAUCAUUUCGUAAAAAUCGGGAUGAAGGAAAGCAACUUGAUUGAAAGCAGUAGGGAGGGAGAAAGUAGUUAGUAGAAUUAUUGAGAUAGGUGUGAAGUAAGACAUGAAACAUAAAAGAUAGUCAUUAUGUAAGUUUUUUUUUUGUUCCAAUUAAUGAUAUUGUUUUAAUUGUGUAUAAAAAAUAUUAUUUUCAAUUUGGAUUGGAGAAAGAACUAGGAAAACUAGGAAAGGAGAAAUGAAAAAAUAUAUAACAUACAAAAUAUAAAAAGAAGAUGAGGUGUGACAAAAUAAGAGAGAUGAAAAUCGAAACAAGGAAAAGAAUAAAAGAAGAAAAAAAUACUGUUAGGGAAAAAAAAGGAGGAAAAUAAGAAGAAAAGAAAGAAGAAAAAUGUGGAAAAGUAGGAUCAGUAGGAGGAUGAUAUUGGAGGAAAACUCUUUUAAGUAAAUAAAUUGUUAGAGAACUUGGAACUUGGGAAUAGAUGAUCUUAAAGAAAAUGGAAUUACGCACAAAAGUUUGAAGAUGAGAUAAUGUAGAGGAUGAAGUAAUAGUAAACGGUCAGAUAAUAUAAAUGAGUAUAUAGAGUGUUGGUAUACGCAUUAUUAAGUAGUAUUAUUUUACAUAUAUAAAUAGAUAGAUGGUUACUUACAGAUCCAUUUGUAUAUAUUUAUAUAACUAUAGAUAUAAAAAUAGACUUUAAAAUAUAUAAAUAAAAGCAAUUGGAAGUAAAGAACAGGUAAGAUGAAUAAGCGGCAGCUGUAUCGAUAACGUAUGAAUUAAGGCUGAAAAUUAUAAAGAAGGCAAAAAAUUAUGAAACAUGCUGGUAAUAAAUAUAACUGAUAUAAUGGUUCCAAUGGAAGGUACUACUUUUGCACAUCUCUUUCUGCUCUUUGCGAGUUUUUCGUGUAAUUUUGUUGCAGGUUUGAAGAGUACAAGCAAAUGAAGUUAGAUAGGAAAUAUUUGGAAUAGUAAGGGAAGAAUGAGUAAUCGUUUACAGAGCUCAAGCAAAACAAAGUUAGAAAGAGAAGAGAUCUUGGAAAAGUAAUAUUCUAAAAGUCUGUAGGUAAGAAUACAGACAAUAUAAUUUCGAAUAGUUUUCCUUAAGAAAAACAGUAUAAUUAUUAUAUUAGCUAGCAGAAAAAGAGAUGACUGGAGAUUAAGCUGAAUAGAGACUUUUCCUUUUUAAACAAAAUUAUAUAGAAGGUUAAAACAGAAAAGAAUGUAGUCAAAUGAAAGGAGUGUAAUACAUGAAUACAUCUACAAUAUAUUAUACGAGAAAAGACGUUGAGCAAGUGGUAUCACAAUGAAAAAGAUCUAUUUGCAUUGGGAAAAGGUGCACUUUUUUGGUGUACCAAAAGAGCAAGAUUUGAAGAAAUUAUAAUGCAAUAAGCAGAAGCAAGCCAAAACAUGUUAUAGACGAUCAUUUAAAAUCAGGAUACCAAGUAAAUAGAUUAUGGAUCAAAUCUUCUGAAAAAUAUGAAUAAGUAAAGCGCAGCAUUAACAAAAUAUAACGAGCGAAGUUGAAGUGUGAAGAGUGAGAGUACAAAAGGAAACUAUAUAAAAGACGAUUUUAGAAAAAUCGGAGUACAUAUUUUAUAAAUAAAUAAAAAAAGAAGAAGACAUCAAUAGACUAUUGAAAGAAUAACAAAAAAUUUAAUAAGGAAAUGAAUAUAUAGGCAAAAUAUUGUGAAAUAAUAAAUUUAAUAAGAGAGGAAACGAAAUUGCAAAAAAAGCAUUGAGAGAUAUAUUGGUGAAAGACAAGAUAUUUUCAAUAUAAUGCUUAAAGUAUGAGAUAAGGAAAGAAAUAAUAUCCAGUAAAAUGUGAAAAAGAAAUUUAAUAAGAGACGGCAAUAGUUAACGAGUGAAAGACUCCUCCAGAUAUAUAGGAAUUAUAUUAAAAGUAUAAAAUCUUUGUCAAAAGAAUUGAUAAGAGUAGAAGGGGAUAACAUAGAUAUAUAAAUUAUAAACUAUGGUAAAGAUAACAUAUCAGAAAUUAAAAAUGGGAAAAAUAAAUACGAAUACCAAAAUAAAGACAAAUACAGAAUGAUAAGAUUUUUAGAAAAUAAAUACAAUUAUUAAGUUUAAAACAAAUAGAAGGAAAUUUUGUUAAAGUUGGAAGAUGAAAAAGAAAUUUAUGUAUAAAAGAAUAUGUAUUAAGAAGAAGAAGAAAAAUACGAGAUAUGGACUGUAAUAAUAAGAGUAAAAUUCUUAAUUCUGUGAAUAAGAUAAUUCCCAAGUUGGUAGACACAAAAAAAUAAAGUAGAUACUAAUAUAAUUAGUAGAUACUAAUAUAAUUACUAUCUUAAUCUAAAAUAAUUUAAUAGGAACAUGAAGGGAACAGUAUAAGGUUUACAGAUAAAAAAGUAGAAGAAAAGUAAAUAAAGACAAUUAAAUUACAAAAAAUCGAAAACAAUUCAUUAAAUUAUCUAUAUGAAGAGAGACGAAUAUAUAGAGUUAUAUAGAGUUAGCAAGAGAGUAUUGAAUUUAGUAACAAAAAGGUAAAGAAAAAUUAAAAGAAAAUCGAACAAAAGAAUAAAGGAUAGAGAAAAUAUUACACACAUUAGUAUAUCGAACUAAAGGUGUGAUAGUAUAAGUAAGAUGGCAAUAUACUUUGUUUUGAACGAGAAUUUUCAAUUUGGACCCGAAAGAGCACAGAAUAGAUAAGUUUGUACCAAAUCUUAAUAUAAAUUUUACAACUAAUACGAUAGCUGUAUUUUGCAAAUAAAAAAGUAUAUAGUCCAUGGCGACGAUAUAUUUAAAAUCUGUAAAUUCUUUCCUUUAGAGAUGGAGGAAGAUAGAGGUGGAGAGAGAGGAAGAGAAAGAGGAAGGGGUGAAGAAAGAGAGAGACGGAGAGAGUAAAAAAGAGUCGGGAAGUAAAGGAAGGAAGAGUUUGAAAAAAAUAAAGAGAGUGGAAAAGAUAGUGAAAGAAAAAAAGUGGUAAAAGAGAGAAAUACACAGAAAAGAAUAAUGCAUCGAGAAAUAGAGAAGGAAAAUGAGAAAAAAAAUAAAGCAAUGGAGUGAAAUAAGUAGAAGUAAAGGUAGAGAGAGAGAAGAAUAAAGUAAAUAUAGAGAAAUAUUUAAUCUCUCAGGGGGAGAGAGAUGAAAAAGGCGAAAUAGGGAGAGAAAACCAAAAAUAAAAAUAGGAAGAAUGUAUUAAUAGAGAAGAGCUAAAUCAGAUCUAAUAGAUUGACAUAUACCCAAAAUAAAAACUUUUCUGAAUGUUUCAGCAUUAUUGAAAAUUAUAAAGAUGUCUUAACAAACUUUACGAUGCAUUGCUUAGUUUAGAAGUAGAAGUUCUAUAAGAAUUAUCUAGUAACGAUGAUGCUAGUACCGCACUCGGUAUGCAUAGCAGUAGCAUAAAAUGUACUCUUCAAAUAGCUUUUGCUAUAUAUAUUUUCAGUACAUAUAGGCCUAAUUAUUAUCAUCCAAACAGCGUCUUCUAUGAAUAUAUAUAUUUAAACUUAGAACAAAUAAUUAUUAAAGAGAAUGUCUUUGAAGAAAAGUUGAAUGGGAUUAGAGAUAUUAUUUCUAUUUUGUUGGUUCACACUGUCAUGUAUAAUAUAUAUUAAUAUAUAA